GAACAUUGGCGACGAGGAUAAAUUAAAUCGAGAAAUUAUUCUUAAAUGUUGUGACUAGUGAAAAUAAAUUUUCUACGAGCAGCAUGUCAAAUGAAGAAAAGUCAGUUGUGCAGACCAUUGCGGUUGGAAACAAUUUUGAGGAAUUCAACCCAGAAUCAGUAGAUUGGGAAGUUUUCGAAGCGAAACUUCAACAAUAUUUUCUCAGUGUUGGAGAAGAAGAUGAGCAAAGAAAAACAGCAUUUUUGUUAACUAAAUUGCAUCAUGAAACUUUCAAGCUUCUCAGAGACAGUGUUUAUCCAAAAACCAUCAACAAAUUGACUUUCGCCGAAGUUACAAAUAAUCUAACAAAUUUCUAUGGGAAAAAGGUGGCAGUGUUUGUUGAACGGCGUAGUUUCUAUGACCUAAAGCAGAUGGUAAGCGAAAGCAUAAAUGAGUGGUACACGAGAAUAAAAAAAUCAGCAGUUAAUUGUAAAUUUGGCAACCAGCUAGACGCAGCAUUGCGUGAUAUAUUCAUAACAGGUCUUAAAGAUGGUCCGAUUCUAGACAAAUUAUUAGAAGAGGACGAAACGAUAACUCUUGACAAAGCAUGGCAAUUAGCAAUAAAAAAAGAAACAUUGGUAAAUAGUCGCAAUACAAACACAUUAAUGGUAAAUAAGAUGAACACGCAUACACGGUCAUCACAUAAUGAUAGAAGUAUGAAGAGUCGAACCACAAAGUCAUACGAUCAUACCUCUGCUGGUACAUCUGCAACGGGAAAUAAUAAAGGAAUGCGAAAUGUAGAUAGAACUCGAAAGAAUGAUGGAUGUCAUCGAUGUGGAAGAGUGGGGCACAAUAGUGAACAGUGCUACUACAAAAGUUAUGUAUGUGACAUUUGCAAAAUCCGUGGACACCUUAAAAUUAUGUGCAGAAACAAAAAUUCACGAUGUGAACAGAUCAAGCACAUAAGUGCCGUUGAAGGGGCACAAGAGAAAGACGAUGACGAGUACAUUGAAUUAAAAAACAUCACCGCCAACACAAAAAUCAUUCCACCAAUAACGCUGCCAGUAAAAAUUGAUGGUUGUCAAAUUAAUAUGGAGCUGGACACGGGCAGUGCAGUCACAAUAAUUCCGCAAUGUGUAAUGAGUGAGCUAUUUGCAACUAAAAAACUCAUGUCAUCAAACUUAAAAGUAAAAGGGUACGGCGGGGAAGAAAUCAAAGUAUAUGGCAAAAUAGAAUGUGAAUGUGAAUAUCAAGGUAAAAACAAAAAACUCGAGGUGUACAUAACGGAGCCGGGUAGAAGCGCAUUGUUAGGAAGAGACUUUGCAACGGAGUUUGGACUAAUCUUGUCAUUGAGAAAUUCAAUUGAAGUACACAAAGUAACAAAAAGUAUUGAAUCCAAAAUUGGAGAAUUAGAAACAAAAUUUGCGAAUGUAUUUGACAAUAAAAUGGGUAAAUUUAAACAUGAAAAAAUUAAUCUGAAAAUGAAAAACGAAACAGUGAGUCCAGUGUUUAUAAAACCAAGAAAUUUGCCAUAUGCUUUGAAAGAGAACGUGGAAAAAGAAAUUGAUCGUCUGACGGCUGAGGGCAUCCUCACACCGGUGGAGUACAACAAAUGGGGAACUCCUCUAGUUCCUGUAAUUAAGUCUGAUGGCCGCAUUAGACUAUGCGGCGAUUAUAAGUCGACAAUCAAUAAAUAUCUUGAGGUAGAUACCUAUCCGCUACCCAGAAUUCAGGACCUUCUGCAUAAAUUAUCCGGAGGUGAGAAAUAUUCAAAAAUAGAUCUAAAAGAAGCUUAUUUACAGAUAGAGCUAGACGAAGAAAGCAAAAAACUUUGUGCAUGGUCCACGUCGAAGGGGGUAUAUCUAGUUAAUCGUAUGCCAUAUGGAAUAUCACCUGCAACAUCAAAAUUCCAGAGAAUUAUGGCCAAAAUGUUUCACGACAUUGAAAAUGUCACCGUUUUCGUUGAUGACAUCUUGGUGACUGGAAAAAAUGAUGAUGAACACAUUACAAAUCUCGAAAGGGUGUUCCAAAGAUUGCAAGACGCUGGUAUGACGGUGAAGCUAAGCAAAUGUGAAUUCUUCAAAGAAGAGAUUUGCUAUUUGGGUCAAAUUAUCAACAAAACUGGCAUAAGAAAGAAUCCCGGUGUCAAAGCAGUUCUCAAAGCUGAUCCACCUAGAAACGUCAAACAGGUACAAGCAUUUUCUGGUCUUGUAAAUUAUUACGGCAGAUACAUUCCGAAUGUAUCAAUGGUCAUGGCACCAAUCUACAACUUGUUGAAGCUUGGAGCAUCUUUUGUUUGGACGAAGGAAUGCCAAGCUGCGUUCGAUGAAAUAAAAAGCAUAAUUGCGUCAGAUAAAGUGUUGGUGCAUUAUCAUCCAGAAUGGGAAGUUGUACUGGAGUGUGAUGCAUCUGAUGAAGGCAUUGCUGCAGCGCUGUCGCAUAAGCUGCCGUCGGGAGAAGAGCGACCAAUUUCAUUUGCGUCCAGAAUUCUGUCAUCACCUGAGCGAAAUUAUAGCGUUCUCGAUAAAGAGGCCCUGGCAGUGUACUAUGGGGUGCAAAAAUUCUCAGAUUACUUAUUCGGCAGGCAGUUCAUUAUCAGAAGCGACCAUAAACCAUUGCUUGCAAAGUAUGGUGAAGAUCGCAGCAUCCCGUUGAUGGCAGCUAAAAGGGUGCAUAGAUGGGCGACUUAUCUGGCAGCAUUCAACUACAAGUUCGAAUAUAUCAAGGGUCAAGACAAUAAGGUGGCUGAUAUGUUAUCCCGAUUUUCAUUCAAAGACGAAGUUGAUACGAGGGAGCAGGCGGUGGAAGAACAUAUUAAGAAGGUAAUUACAGAAGUAAAAUUAAUUGAUUUUGGUAUCAUUCAAGAGCUCACCCAGAAAGAUCGAGUGCUUACGGAAGUGCUCAAGAACAUUAAAACGGGAUGGAAAACUAAAAACAUGGGUGACGACUUGAAACCGUACUGGCUAAGAAGGAACGAGCUUGAAAUCAUCAACGGUGUUGUUAUGUGGGGCUUCCGUGUUCUAGUACCAGAACAACUGCAAUCGCAAGUACUCGAAGAACUACAUGAUGCGCAUUUAGGAAUGUCCAAAACAAAGUCAUUGGCGAGAUCGUAUGUGUGGUGGCCACACUUGGAUAUGUGCAUCGAAAAAAUGGUACGAAGUUGUCUAGCAUGUGGUAUUCACAAUGCUAAUCCUCCGAAAGCUGCGAUCAACCAAUGGCCAGAAGCAACAGAACCAUGGGAGAGGAUACAUGCCGAUUUUGCGGGACCUUUUCUGAAUCGGCAAUUCUUGGUCAUCGUAGACGCCAAAACAAAAUGGGUAGAGAUCUAUCCGAUGAACAGCAUCGUAGCCAAAUCAACAAUUGAGAAGUUUUAUGAAACGUUUGCACGAUUUGGGUUGCCAAGAACUUUGGUGACAGAUAAUGGGACUACAUUCACAGGCAGUGAAUUUCAAUCUUUCAUCAAGAAAAAUGGUAUUAAACACAUAACAUCACCACCAGGCCAUCCGCAAAGCAACGGUUUAGCCGAAAAUGCAGUGAAGUCAUUUAAGUUGGCAGUGAAGAAAAUUUUAGCAGGUGGAGAGAAGUCGGUAGCAAUUGCUCUGGCGCGAUAUUUGUUCCACCAUCGGUUGGCAGAGCAUACUACGACAGGCUUGUCACCAGCUUUAGAGAUGUUUAAGCGAAGGUUACGUAUGAGAUUGGAUCUUUUAAGGUCAGAAGUUGACGGCGGCGUUAAAACACUGACAAAUUACGAGGACAAGCCAAUACAACGUGAUCGAAAAAUGUUUGUGGAAGGUGAGCCAGCAUUGGUAAAAGAUUUUCGAAUCGGCAAGAGGUGGUCGGUGGCAGUCGUGAAAAAGAAGAUUGGAAAGCAGACUUAUUUGGUAACUACUGAUGAUAAUCACGUUUGGAAAAGACAUUUGAACCAGAUGAAGAAGUUUUCCGAAAAGACAAUUUCCAAGACAGAAGCUAAGUCCGAGCAAAGAAACACACACUUGGAUCACGUAGUCGUCAGAUCACAGGCAACAAGAUAUAAACCUACACUUCGACAAUAUGAGUUGAGGCGUCGCAGUCGAUUAAACAAGCCAAGGAGAUAUCCGAAUUAG